AAAUGAUAUAAAAUGUCGAAGAUCCUCCUCAAUUGUUUAGUUUCAAUAAAAAGCGAAAUAUGGCACGUCUUUUAUCACUUGUUUUAAUUAUUCUGGCACUAACCUGUUUGGUUUCUGGCAAAAUAAUUCAUCCUCGAAGCAUUGGCUGGGAAGGACGAAUUGUAGGCGGAAGUAAUGCAAAAGCCGGCCAAUUUCCCUAUCAAGUGUCUCUGAGAAGUUCCUUCGGAAGCCACUUUUGCGGUGGAAGUAUCUAUACGCAACGAUGGAUUGUUACUGCAGCACAUUGCAUUUACGGAUCCACAACAAACAAUGUUCGUGUCGCUGUUGGCACAAUUUACACAAAUCAAGGAACGAUUUACGCCUCAUCGAAACUUAUUUAUCAUGGAAAUUAUAAUCCUAAUACGCUGGCUAACGAUAUAGGUCUCGUACAGACAUCCACUUCCAUUGUUUUAUCAAAUGUUGUUCAACCGAUAGCAUUGGGUUCUAAUGUUGUGGGGGGAAACGUUGCUGCUGUUGCCUCUGGAUGGGGAAAUACUGUUACAGGUGGAGGCGCACCUUCAAUCUUGCAAUACAUUAACUUGAAGACAAUCACGAAUCAGGAAUGCAAAAAUCUCCAUUCAAUGACGGGAAAUGCAGCAAAUGUCAAUGAUAAUGUAAUUUGCACGUAUAUGCCAAGCGGAAAGGGAAUGUGUAAUGGCGAUUCUGGAGGCCCUCUUGUCGCUAAUAAUGUCUUGAUCGGAACUGUAUCAUGGGGAAUUCCAUGCGCAAAAGGAUAUCCAGAUGCCUUUGCGAGAGUUUCAUCGCACAGAACUUGGAUUAUUAAUAACGCAAAAUAAAAAAUAGGCCUU